UAUGACGGUGUCGUUUAGUUUGGACUCAGAGCUGCCGUUCAGGACGUCGAAGGGAAGUUGUUGCUACGGAGAUCAUCUUCCUUCAAGAGCGCUGUCGUGUGGGGUUUAUUUGAGCGGGAAGUGAGUUAAAAUCAGUCAUGUUGGCUGGUUGUUUGUUGGUGUGCUUGCUGGCCCUGUUUCAGCGCGGCUCGCGGGCUCAGUACGCACCUGAUGAAGUCACUCACCUGCCUGGCAUGACGUUUAAACCCAACUAUCGACAGUGGUCUGGAUACCUGCAGGCUCGGCCCGGAAAGUUUCUCCAUUAUUGGUUUGUGACUUCUCAGGGGAACCCAGCUAAAGACCCUCUGGUUCUCUGGCUGAAUGGAGGGCCAGGCUGCAGCUCGCUGGAUGGUUUCUUGUCAGAGAAUGGACCGUUUCAUGUAAAUGACAAUGGGGCCACUCUGUAUGAGAACAAAUUCAGCUGGAACAAGAUUGCCAAUUUGCUGUAUGUAGAAUCACCUGCAGGAGUGGGAUAUUCAUACUCUGAUGACCAAAAGUAUGCCACUGAUGAUGACCAGGUUGCAGAUGAUAAUUACAAAGCCUUGCAGAGUUUCUUUGCAAAGUUCCCAAAUUUCACUCAAAACCAGUUCUUCAUCUUUGGGGAAAGCUAUGGUGGAAUUUAUGCACCAACCCUCAGCCUGCGGGUGGCUUCUGGAGCUGCCAAAAUCAACUUCAAGGGCUUUGCAGUGGGAAAUGGUCUCAGCAGCUUUGCUCUGAAUGACCAAACUUUGAUUUACUUCGGUUACUAUCACGGUCUCUUUGGAGAAGAUUUGUGGCGUGAUCUGAACACAAAUUGCUGUGACGAAGAAGGCUGUAACUUUCACAACUCCAGUUCGAAGACUUGCGUAAUCCUGGUGACUAUCGCCUUUGGUAUUGUGUACGACAGCGGCCUUAAUGAGUAUGCUCUGUACUUGGAUUGUGAGGGUGGCAGAAGUUCCCACCAAGGCUAUGAGAGGGCCAUGAGUCAUGUGUUUAAGAACUUUAGGAAACAUCCACACAUCCUUAAGAAGUUUUCAGAACCAGGCCGUUCCUCCAUGCUUCUGGGAGAGGUCCCUCCUUGCCUCAACAGCACGGCUCAGAGGAACUGGCUGAGGAGAGGCGAUGUGAGGAAAGCUUUACACAUCCCAGAUACACUGCCACCAUGGGACCUCUGCAGUGAUGAUGUUGGAGCACAGUACACAAACCUGUACCCGUCAGUGAAGAGUGUGUACCUCAAGCUGCUCUCUCUGGGCCUGCGCUCUCUCGUCUACAAUGGAGACACUGACAUGGCAUGCAACUUCCUAGGAGACGAGUGGUUUGUUGAAGACCUUGGCCUGAAGGCAACCACCAAGUACCAGCCCUGGCUGCAUGAUGACCAGAUUGCUGGUUUCUGCCAACAGUUUGGCAACAUUACUUUCUUGACAGUCAAGGGUGCAGGUCACAUGGUUCCUCAGUGGGCUCCAGGUCCAGCUUUCCACAUGUUCCAGUCUUUCAUAACAAAUGGCCCCUACUGAGCCUCGAAAGAGAUUGCUGUAUGAUGUAUACCUGCACUCAUCACUUGUUAAAUGGUACAUUUUUUUUUUCUCAGGGAGGAUGAUUUUUUGAGGGAAAGGGACAGUUAGCACUAAUCAUUAUAUCUUCAUAAAGUCACUGCACCUGUUGAGUAAAAAAAGAGUAGGACAAAUCUCUUGUAUGGGCUUUCAUCUAUUUGGAUAUUAUGUGACAUAAAAGUGACACUUCCAGCUCUGUGGAUGUUUACAACUAUCUUUGGCUAAUGGUGUAUGAUUGAACAUCCUUGUUUUAGCCAAUACCUCAAAGUUGAAGGUCUGAAAACAUUUGGGCACAAAGAAAUGUAAAAAAAUAUAUAUAUAUAUUUGAUGUAGGGCAUCCAUCAUGGCCUUAUAUAGGAAUUUGUGACUGAGCCUAGUUUUGGGGGAGUUCAAAGCACCUGUUGAGUUCUGAUUAGCCUUAAAAACACCUCAGCUGCCUUGUUGGUUCAUGUGAGAAAGUUAGAGCUCUAUUUGGAAAAAGUCCUUUGACCUCACCAUUCAGUUUCAUAUUAAUUGUACUGAAUAAAAUACUUGAGAAAUGUCCUUACCUAUAUACUGUGAUUGCACUGUACUUGUCAAAUAAAGCUUCUUGUCUGUGG